GAUGGUAAGAAAAAAAAAGUCAAAAGAGAAUAAAGAAAAAGGAGAAAUGUGGGAGGAGCCGGCUCACGUGACCACCUUGCGUCACUACACGCCGAGUCGAGAAAGAAAAGAAAAAGAAAAAAGAGAGACAGAGUCUCCCAUCGGCACUGAACACUCUGUCCAGCCUCUCUCAUUCUUCGCUGCUCCGUUCACCGUGUAACGCCGGAGCAAGCGCCAAAAAAGCUUCGACAACAACCCCCUCCCUCCCAAAAAAAAAUAACCGCCGAGGUACACACACUACACUCAAAACGUACGUUAUACUUACAUGUCGACUGGGCUGUUUUGUCAGAGAAAAAGUUUGCCAUUCUCUUUCCUUCUCUCUGUGCGCCACCACCACCACAAUCCCGUUCUAUUCUUUUCCCCUCCCCCUUCGUUCAAUUCUACACACUCCCGCUGCUGCGGCUGCUGCUCUAUACGGUUUAAGAAACAAGUCGCCAGACUAUCCGGUACUCAGUCGUUCACAGAUCCACUGUGCGACAAGACUUGGUGAGAAAACAAACCAACAAACAUUUAUCCCGCCCGUGUAUUUAUCACGAGCUAUUACAAACAGAAUAGAUCAAGGGGCUGUGCGAGUUUUUCUCUGGUCUAUAGGUCCAGUGCUGCCGCUGCUGUUGUGCUGGGCUGGCAGCAGAGAGAGAGAGGCCGGCCGGCCACCAGCGUGGGCGAUUAUAACAUCGACGUCGCCCCGUGUGUUUUUUAUCAGUGCGCUGCUGUCAUCACUCGAAGGCGGUGCUGCAGGUCGUCCGCUCUGUGCGUCCGCUUCUACAAUAAUCGGCGCCGUAAUAUGAGUUACAUGUUAUUUUAUCCUCUCACACAUCGUCAGACAAUUAGGCACUGAGAGGCCUUGAUAGGAGUGCGUCGAAUCAGGUGUUUUUGGUGAUAUGGCAUUCUUCGGCGCCUCGACAUCCUCCUCCUUCUCCUACCGUCCGUUGGUGAGACUCGACUCUCGUUUCUGUGUCCGGUUAUUUGGGAGCCAAGAUCGCCGCCCUGAUCAAACGACCGUUGUUGUCUGGCACCUCGUCAGGGUUACAUGAAGUUUAAUCAACAACAACUACAACUACAGCAGACACACUUCGUCGACGUUCCAACUUGGCUGCGCGUUUCUACCCCAGCACUUUUGAUUGCGUCCCAGCAGCCAAUGUGCUAGCUCAUUUUUGGCCACAGUCGACAGCUCACCCAUCUCGCGUGUCCCGGGUGAUUAACAACUUUUCUUCUACUUCUUCUUCUACUUCUUCUUUUUGAAAUUUCUUGUUGGACUGGACUGGCGAAUCAGUUUUGAAUCGCAACUGUGAAACUUGUGUGCUGGUAUAAUUUAAAUAGCGAUCGGUGUAUCAUAGUGGCUCAUUUGCGUAUUGCCCAACGGCGAUUCCAUUCAAGUGGGUUGUUGCAUCAAGUGAGCGAGCGAGAAGAGAAAAGCCCAUCUCCACUCCACUCCACGUCAGAAAGACACCCGCCAAAGUAGCGACGAGAGUGGCAAAAGACUCAAAGAGACGAGUUGGCUAAUGGAGCAAGUGACGAACGGGAGCAUCGGCCAUGGAUCGACUCCAUCAACCCUACUGCCCUGGGGAGAAGAUGCGGAAGGAAUCGACGGCAGCGGCCUGGGUCUUUGGUUCGCUGCCGGCAGUGGCGGCGGAUCCAGCCUCGACGUCGGAUCAGGUCCCCUGUCGUCGUCGUCGGCUGGUGGAAUAAGCGUCGGUGACCCGGCCGUCGUCGUCGGGUUGAGCACCGUCACCAUGAUCGACCCCAGCGAUGGGAUCGACUUGCUGUCCAGCGUCGGUCCGUCGCUGAGCGGCAUGGAGGGCGACCUGGCCGGCUCGACGUCGACCUACAUCGCCACCGUGACCAUCAUGAGCAUCAUCCUGCUGGUGGGCAUCACCGGCAACGUCCUCGUCCCCAUCGUCAUCGCCCACAGCAAAGAUCUGCGCAAUUCGACCAACAUUUUCCUGGUCAAUUUGGCCCUUGCCGACCUCCUAGUCAUCCUCAUCUGCCUGCCGACCGGUUUCGUCGAACUGCAUUCCACUCCCGGCGUCUGGUACCUGGGCGAAACCAUGUGUUUGGUGGUGACUUUCGUGGAGCUGAUUGCUCCGCACACCUCAGUGCUGACCAUUCUGGCCAUCAGCUUUGAACGUUAUUACGCCAUCUGUCAGCCGCUGAGGGCCGGUUACGUCUGCACCAAAAGCCGGGCCAUGGCCAUCUCCCUCUUCACUUGGCUCUGCGCCGGCAUUCUCACCAGUCCAAUCAUCGGCCUGACAGAGUACGAUGUCAUGCCUGGCGACACGGAGCCGUCGUGCGGACCCUCGGCCGCCGAGUAUUGGACCAAGUUUUACUAUAUGGCCUCGUUCACGCUGUUUUUCCUCAUUCCUUGCGUCAUUCUCCUGGUCCUCUAUGCGCUCAUUGCCCAACAUCUGAUCCGAGAACCGGCGCGGAUCAGCAAUCCGUCCUCGGUCGGAGUGUCUUCGGCGGCGUCGGCGGCGGCGGCCAUCGUGGCCGGAGAGAAUCACUCCUUGGGCGGCGGCAGCGUCAACCGGCAGCCGAGGAGGAGGAACCGCAUCCAGCGCCACCAAAACUCCAAUAGAGCACGCAGGCAAGUAGUGGCGAUGCUGGGGGCCGUGGUGGUUAGCUUUUUCGUCUGUUUACUACCGUACCGGCUCUUGAGUCUGUUCCAGGAGUCGGAGAGUGUUAGUCCCGAAAUUUUCUACAUGAUGGUCAAUUUUUGUCGCGUCAUGGUCUACCUCAACUCGGCAAUCAAUCCGAUCUUGUACAAUCUGAUGUCGUCCAAGUUCCGAAACGGCUUCUUGCGCCUCUUCGGCUUCAAGGGAUUCGCCCGCCAGGGCACCGUCACCAGCUCCUCGAUGGCCAACACCAACACGACCAGCACGACGAACACGACGUCGUCGUCGGCUGCCGUGGCCCAGGCCAACGCUUCGCUGGCCCAUCACGGCACCCUUUCUUUACACCGACCGCUUCACUAUCGUCUGUCCAGCCAAAUGCAGCCCAUCUAAAUUGAUAUAUAUUUUGCAAUGAAAUCAGACUUGCAAUUUCGUGAGAGAAGCAUCUCAUAUCAACAAACUAUUAGACGGAAUUUUUCUAUAUACGAACUCGACACUGCACUUCAAACUCAUUUUUCUUUUGAUUUCCACACAUCACAAACAGACGCUAGAUACUUUUCUCUCUCUCACUUGUUUAAUCCAUUUUUCUAUCCUUCCUCGCUUGACGAUCAAUUCUAAUUUGAUUUUUCGUGGAUUCAAUAUAUGUGUAUUGUAUAUUUAUAUCUGUGUAUAUUUGUAAAGUUGCCAUGCUGUGCUGGUGGAUGUACAACCGAUACUUUUGCUCAUAAUCAUACAUGAUUGCCGUUUUGUCGAUGACAGAGAACGUUUGAAUGAUUUGAUCGCGCCGCAAUUAUUGAAAAAGGACCCGAUGCGUUUUGUCUCGUCUUGUCAUUUAUAUAUACCUCCAAAACACGGUGUUACGUCUGGCUUAUUCUAUGAUAUACCUUCGUACUGGAAAUACUUAAAUUAAAAAAAAAAAAAAAAAAAAAAAAACAGAUUUCACCCGUUAAUCAUUACCGUGUUUUGAGGGAGGGGGGCACAUAUAUUUCCCCGCGUGCUGUUUUGAUUAUAAUUAUCCAUUUCGUUCUCUGUGACGACUUUAAAAAAAUCACGCCGCUUUGAAGCAUCGUCACACCCCUUUCUGAUGGUUUGGGGAGCGACGAGCGUGUUUCGCAUCUACAAUACAUCUUCUAUAAUUUCCUACGAUAUGUGUACACGGCCCAACGUCAGAAAUUGUCUUUUUUUGCAUCAAUUAAUAUAUACACGAAACGGCGAAACGCAUCGACGUACACACAACUUCUCCUCAUGAUAUAACGUUCCUUCUCCGGGGGCUUUCAGAAGAAUCAGCUCACCAGUCACACGCAUGUUUACAAAAAAGAAAAAUAAAAAAAAAAAAAGGAAAAGAAAGAAAAGAUUGAAGAAGAAAGAAAAAAUAAUUAUUGUCCAAUAACAUCUUCCUUCAUGAAGACCAAAAGUCCCCUAAUAUAAAUUGUAUUUGUACAGUAAAUGUCAAUAAACUCCGGCAUAUUCCGCCAUGGGUUGCUAUACUA